UUUGAUUGAGUUGAGUUGUUGAGUUUAACCAAGUUUAACCUCACAUUUUCAUAUUUUAUGUAACGUCGUAAUUGAAAAUUCCAUUUUAUCAGUAAUUUUAAUAUUUCAAGUGGUUGACUGAUUUUUAUUAUUAAUCGUCCAAAUGAGUACAAAAAGUUUACUUGGGACUUUGAUCCAAAUACGAUUUUUGAACUGCCAUUCAGCCAGUAUCACAAGACCCCACAGACUUACUUAUAAGAGAACAUAUCCAACUGUUCUUGUUAAUCCAGAUGGGUCAACUAUUAAUAUUAAAUAUCACGAACCCAGGCAAAUUAUAAAAUUACCUUUGAAUAUAUGGAUUCUUAGUGAAGCAGAACGAAAAGCAAGGUUGGAGGCAAGAAAACCAAAGAAGAAAGUUAGAUAUGAAGAUGAUAUUGAUGAUAGCUUUGACGCAAAUAAAUAUGUAAAGUACUUGAAAAAGAAAUAGAUUAUGUUAGUGGAUUGUUUCAAUAAAAUAUAAUAACACGUUUA